AUGUUGUCAAUUAAUGCAAGCAUCUUCCUGCUGUCUGCUAGUAAAAUGUUACAAAAUGUUGCUGUGGAGCCAUCCAUUUUCCUUGAUGAUGAUAUGCAAAAUGUUGCGCACGAAGAAGAAGAUGAUGGAAUUGAUCUGAAUGGUACUAUGGGAAAUGAUAGUGACGAUUCGUUGCAGCUGAACACGGAUGGUGUAGCUCCAAAUCAUGGCAAUGCCCGUGUGGCUAGUGACAAUGCCAAUGGAAAUGCUGCAACACUUGUUGACGAACCAGAUGAAGAAAUAUCAUCACAGCCAGUUGUCCCUUUUCUUGGAAUGGUUUUUGACAAUGUUGAAGAAGCUCAGCAUGUUUACAAUGAAUAUGCCUCGAAGAUGGGCUUUGGAACUCGCAUUGUGACAUCAAAGCAUAGUAGGAAAAAUAGCUCGGAGCAGAAGCGCAUUCUAAUCUAUAGAGUUUUUGAGUGCGUACACUCACGGAAAAAUCCUUCGAAGAAUGUUGGUGGUAGCAUUUCUGACGGGGCUGCAACAAAUCAGUGUGAACAUGUUGAUAUGAGCUAUUCCAGUAACAAAAAAUCUGCAAGCAAACGAGCUGGCAUCUAUAUGGAUGUGAGCGACAAGAGGAUAAGAAACCGGUUGGAGCGGUAUGAUUGCAAGGCUCGUAUGGGUGUUAACCUCAAAAACGCUGAUUUUGCAAAGGGGGCGUCGGAGAUUUUGCCGCUCUCACAGAAAGAUCCCGGAUGCAGACAUGCAGUACAUCACUUCACUGACUAUCGCAACAUAUCAACGGCUAAUAUGAUGGGCUUGCUUGGAGAUGCACGGUGUUGCGAUCCAAGGAGUUUGCCGUACGUGAAGACUGAUGUGACAAAUGCAAGAGCAAAGCUGCGAAGGGGCCUAUCAGAGCGUGAUUUGGAGCUGACAAUCGAGUACUUUGAGAGAAGACAAGUGGAGAAUCCCAACUUCUUUUUCUCGAAGCUAGAAGAAGAUGGAGCUGUUAGGGCGCUUUUCUGGGUUGAUGGGAGAACAAGGGCCUUGUAUCCAAAGUACAAAGAUUGUGUGUUUUUCGACACCACAUUCUGCACAAAUCUCUACAACUUGCCCUUUGCUCCGAUUGUUGGCAUUAACAACCACAAACAUACCGUUUGCUUGGUGUGCGCUUUGUUGCCUGAUGAGACCAUCGAAACUUUCAAGUGGGUCUUCCAGCAAUGGAUGUUGGCAAUGAAUAACGAGCAUCCGUUGAAUCAAGACCAGGCAAUGGCUAAAGCCAUCUCAAUGGUAUUUCCAGAUUCAACACAUAGAUGUUGCAAGUGGCACGUCUUCCGGGUUGCAAGGACGAAACUAGGGAAGAUGCUGGGCAAGGAUGAGCCUUUUGCUGAAGCAUUCUAUGGUUGCAUCAAUGAUUCAGAUACCGUUGAGGAGUUUGAAGAACGGUGGAAGCAGAUGGUUGAGUUAUUUGGUGUGGCUGAUAAGAAACACCUCAAGAACAUGUGGGACAGCAGGGAGAUGUGGGCUCCUGUGUACUUUAGGAAUAAGUUCUUCCCAUUCAUAGGAACAACCGGGCGGUCCGAGGGCCUGAAUUCCUACUUCAAGACUUUAAAUCAUCAUGGAGACUCAGUUUGGACAUUUGUCCAGCAGUUUGAGCUUUGCCAGGAGCUAAUGCUUGAUCGUGAAGACAAUGCUGGCUUCAUCAAUGAAGCGACGAGGCCGCCACUCUGGGGAAAUUACAACAUUGAAAAGCAAGCUGCAGAUUUCUAUACCAGAGAGGUAUUUUCCAAGUUUCAAAAAAUGUUGGCUAAAUCAACAGGCUAUGGUCUGCAAUAUCAGCUGCAAGGGGAUGUCGUCUGGUUUCGCAUUGUUGCAAAUUAUGGCGUCAACCCUAAAGUGUACACAGUGUGUGUUGCCCCUAAAGAUCAGACAUACAUGUGCACCUGCAACAUGUUUGAGAUGUGUGGGCUGAUCUGCCCACAUAUCAUCCGUGUCAUGGUGCACCUGAACGUGCAAACGAUACCUGCGACUUACAUGCUUCCAAGAUGGUCUAAGAGAGCAACCGACCUUGCGCCUGAACCGGGCGAUGGGCAUAGAGCUAUGCAUUUCGCCGUCCCCACGACAAACACCCUAAAGUUUAACUCUCUAUGCCGGAAGUUUGGGAAACUCGCUUCUGAUGCAUGCUUCAAUGAUGAAGCUUAUAGUUUUGUCUCUGGGCUAAUUGAUCAGGGUAGUGUUGGGGUUGCUGCAAUAAAAGCUAGAGCAACUGAUGGGGUUGCAGGAGACGAAGAAGCCCAAGGUCAUGUAGAAAAUGCACAAGUCUCAGGGGGUCCAAGUAUAGGUCAGCGGGAUCCAACCCUCGUAGGACUGCGGAACCCACCAAAGUCAGCAAAGAAAGGCAGGCCAAAAGAGAAAGAGAAGCGCAGGAAGCCACUAAUUGAGAUUCGAGAAGAUGAAAUGAAGAAGAAAGCAAAGAAGGACGCAGCGAAAACGAAGAAAGCUCCAAAGCCAAGGGAAAAGAAGACUCCAUGCAAAUAUUGUGAAGAUGAAGAUCACAACGUGAAGGAUUGCCAACUCCUUGCAGCUUUUCUUGCUGCGAGUGCGAGCGCGAAAGCUCCGGGCGUCGAAACAAUCCUUACACUUUAG